CCUUUUUCUUUUUCUGAAAUACAUAUAUAUGAGCACCUCUCAAGUUCCCCCAAAUCAUCGGUUGCAAGUUCCCCAAAAAUCAAUGUCCUGGGCUCCUGCCUUAGCAAUCGUGGUGAACUAAACUCACGACGAUUAAUAUCCACAGUAGUCGAUUCCGACUGAGAACCAGUGGUAUUAAAGAAUGAUCAUUGCUAUUUAGCGCGACAAAUAAUCAUCAAAAACAAAGAUCCUAAAUCAGAUGGACCCGCCGCCAAGCACUUCUAAUCACCGAAAGCAGAAACCCGCCGCCCAAAAUGACAGCGAAAGAGAUUCCAACGUCUGGCCACUAUCCGGGAAACCAUAUUUCUAUGUGGUGCUUAGGAAGUCACACAUUGAGAAGACGUUUCGAAUGCACUUCCCUUCUAGUUUUUCUGAAAAGCUUCCUGUCGCUAAAAUCCCUGCUAAGAUCGUGUACGGAGGAAAGGUGUGGGACCUACUUUACAUCGGUAAUCAAGGACCGACUAACUGUAGGUUGGAAAACCAAGCAUGGGGAAAAUUUGUGGCCGAAAACAAGCUUGAAGUUGGAGACGCGUGUGUGUUUGAGUUGAUGGAGGGCCGAAGCAACAGUACUAGUAUUAAAUUAAGACUUCAGAUUCUUAAAGACGAGUUUCCAACUGAAUUGAAAGAUAAAGCGGAAGGGUUCAAAUCUAACAAUCCUAUCUGCAUCGAUUAGGGGGUUUUCACUUGUUUUUGUAUCUUGAAUGUUUGUGUUUGUGUUUAUGUUUGUUCAUGUGGUUAUAUGGAUCUGUGCUUCUGAUGCAGCUUUGUGUUGGUAGGUCUUGGUUAAA